AUGCGGGUCCCCAGCCCCAGCACGCGCGAGGCCGCCUCCAUGUACGGCACGGCGGUGGCCGUGUUCCUGGUCAUCCUGGUGGCCGCGCUGCAGGGCUCGGGGCCCCCCGAGAGCCCCUUCCCCUACCGCAUCCCCCUGGACCCCGAGGGGACCCUGGAGCUCUCCUGGAACGUCAGCUACGCGCAGGAGACCGUCCACUUCCAGCUGCUGGUGCGCGAGCUCAAGGCCGGGGUCCUGUUUGGGAUGUCGGACCGCGGGGAGAUGGAGAACGCCGACCUGGCCGUGCUCUGGACCAACGGGGACCGCGCCUACUUCGCGGACGCCUGGAGCGACCAGAGGGGACAGAUCCACCUGGACGCCCAGCAGGACUACCAGCUGCUGCAGGCCCAGAGGACCCCGCAGGGCCUGAGCCUACUGUUCUGGAGACCCUUCAGCACCUGCGACCCCCGGGACUACCUCAUCGAGGACGGCACCGUCCACCUGGUGUACGGGGUCCUGGAGCAGCCCUUCUCGUCGCUGGAGGCCAUCAACACCUCAGGCCUGCGGACCGGGCUGCAGAGGGUGCAGCUGCUGAAACCCAACAUCUCCGUCCCGGCCCUGCCCGCCGACGUGCGCACCAUGGAGGUCCGCGCCCCCGACGUCCUCAUCCCCGGCCAGGAGACCACCUACUGGUGCUACAUGACCGAGCUCCCCCCGGGCUUCCCCCUGCACCACAUCGUCAUGUACGAGCCCAUCGUCACCGAGGGCAACGAGGCGCUGGUGCACCACAUGGAGGUGUUCCAGUGCGCGGCCGGGUUCCAGAGCUUCCCCCACUUCAGCGGGCCCUGCGACUCCAAGAUGAAGCCGGAGCGCCUCAACUACUGCCGCCACGUGCUGGCCGCCUGGGCCCUGGGCGCCAAGGCCUUCCACUACCCGGAGGAGGCAGGCCUUGCUUUCGGGGGCGCCGGGUCCUCCAGGUUUCUCCGCCUGGAAGUUCACUACCACAACCCGCUCAAGAUACAAGGCCGGCGGGACUCGUCGGGCAUCCGCCUGUACUACACGGCCACGCUGCGGCGCUUCGACGCGGGCAUCAUGGAGCUGGGCCUGGUGUACACGCCCGUGAUGGCCAUCCCCCCACGGGAGGCGGCCUUCGUGCUCACGGGCUACUGCACGGACAAGUGCACGCAGCUGGCCCUGCCUCCCUCGGGGAUCCACAUCUUUGCCUCCCAGCUGCACACGCACCUGACCGGGCGCAAGGUGGUCACCGUGCUGGCCCGGGACGGCCGGGAGAGGGCCAUUGUGAACAGGGACGACCACUACAGCCCCCACUUCCAGGAGAUCCGCAUGCUGAAGAAGAUCGUGUCCGUCCAUCCAGGGGACGUGCUGAUCACCUCCUGUACGUACAACACGGAAGACAGGGAGCUGGCCACCGUGGGCGGCUUCGGCAUCCUGGAGGAGAUGUGCGUCAACUACGUGCACUACUACCCGCAGACGCAGCUGGAGCUGUGCAAGAGCGCCGUGGACGCCGGCUUCCUGCGGAAGUACUUCCACCUCGUCAACAGUUUCAACAGCGAGGAGGUGUGCACCUGCCCCCAGGCCUCGGUGCCCCAGCAGUUCGCCUCGGUGCCCUGGAACUCCUUCAGCCGCAGCGUGCUGCGGGCCCUGUACGGCUUCGCGCCCCUCGACGUGCACUGCAACAAGUCCUCAGCUGUGCGCUUCCAGGGGGAAUGGGACCGGCAGCCGCUGCCCAAGAUCGUCUCCCAGCUGCAAGCGCCCGCCCCUCGGUGCCCGGCCAGCCAGGGUCUGGGCCCAGCCGGCCCCACCGUGGCCAACAUCAGCGUGGGCCAAGGCUGAGGGGCAGGCCACCUCCUCGCUCCCCCUCCGUGCUACCCCUGUGGGCACAUGCCAGCGCUGUGCACCCCCACUCUGUGAAGACCUCCUCGAAACAGCCGUGUGCCCAGGAUGAGGGACCGGACUGUGCCCCUGCCUGAGACCACUGCGCCCUCCCCCUGCAUGGCCAGAGGCUCCUGAGCGCGCCCGGUGGACCCGCCAGGCCUGGGCGUCCGGACCAAGGCCCCUCCCGGCCUGUAAGGGCAGCCCGGCUGGCGGUCUGGAGCCCAGAGCCCCGAGAGCCCUGCCCGUGUCUCCAGGAGCCACCGGCCCUCCCGGCAGGAGCCACGCCUGACUGCACUCACCCCGCCCCAGCCCAUUCGUGCUCUUGCGCGUCCCUGCAGAGCGGCGCGUUGCAGUGGGCGGCUUCCCUGCCCACGGAGGCAGGACGAGCGUUUCGCCACUUAGAGACUCGCCUGGGAAAUGGCUGGUUUCAGGGUGAAGAGACGUUUCGCCCACCUAGAGGGAACCCUCACCACAGCGCCACCAUGAAGGUCGGACGGCCAGGAUCCCAGCGAGGGCCUGGGGCGGCCCCGGGUUCCCCUCUCCUCCCAUAAGAAUCAGACCUGCCUUAGAGCCCCUGGCCUCUUAGUGCAGGUGUGAUGUGGGUGGACCAUCUCACCUCCCUGCCCCUCAGUUUUCUCAUCUGUGAAAUGGGGCCAAUACUGUGCCGAUUGAUGAGACAA